AUGGUGUUGGGUCUGCUGCUGCGCGACGCCGAGGAGCGGCAGCUCUCGUUCGACUUUGAAAUGAUGUUACCCGAGGACGGUGACGACGGCUACCGAGACCGCCGCAACGGGGCGAUCGUAGGGGUAGGAGGCGCCACAUUUGGUCAACCAGGUGUCAAAAAAGACUUUAAACGCGGCACUGUCGUCUGUCGCCACUGGCUGCGUGCACUUUGUAUGAAAGGCGACAAUUGCGAGUUUCUGCAUCAGUACGAUAUGUCCAAGAUGCCGGAAUGUCGCUGGGGCAUGGAGUGUCAAGUGCCCGAGUGUCCUUUUCGGCACGUGCCGGACGAAGAGCGCGUAGAAUGUGCUUUUUAUAAACAGGGGUUUUGUUCCCACGGGUCGAGUUGUCGGUACCGACAUAUCAAAUUAGCCAGGGAAGAGUGUCCGGAUACUGCGGACUUUGCGUUACAAAGCAAAGUCGCCGAUGAAGAAAAUGUCAAGCGUCGGAAAGCCCAACCCGUGAAUGAGUUUUUCAAAAUUGCCAUUUGUAAACAUUGGGAAAAAAUGGGGUCGUGUCCGUUUGGAGACGAGUGUCACUUUGCACAUGGAGAUAAGGAACUGAGGCCGUUUCCAAAAGGAGAGAAGGAGGAGAUGGAAGCUCGAGCUGCGAGGUAUUCGGGAGGUCACCAUGGACCAAGUGGACCCGCUUUUCAAGGAGGAGAACGGAUACAAAGACCUGCAAUUACUGGAGCAAAACUGCCGGACGAUGGCAAGCAAGUGAAGUACUUUUUACUGCAGUCGGCGAGUUAUUUGAACUUGGCACACGCGGUGCAUCAUGGACAAUGGACAGCGCCUGCAGAUGUACUACAAUUGAUCAAGACGGCGUCAGAGACGUCUGAAGACGUGUUUCUGUUCUUUGCAGUGGGACCGAGCAAACACUAUCAGGGAAUGGCUCGGCUAGUAAACGGUGCACUGGCAAACACGGAGAUAUCAGCUGGUGAAGACUUGUCGACUAGUAUUGUGCCCUAUGAGGCUGAUGGACGGUCUACGUGGUCUGGCGCAUUUGACAUUGAAUGGCUUCGUAUCUGUGAAUGUCCGUGGGAGCGACUUGCUCAGUUUGAAAACAAACAACUUGCUGUUCCUGAGUGCCCGAAUGGCCAGGAGCUCGACGCGGAUACGGGGCAUGCUCUCGUGCGCUUGCUGUCAAACCAGCCCGAGAUCAAGCUUCAUUACCGGUCCGUAGAAGAUGAGCCCAAGCUUCCGGGGGGCGCAGAAGAGCUCGCGACUCGCCGACGGGAUGCAGCAGAAAGCUUGUUUGGUGUCUCCAGCGUGCCUGGAUUUGGUGGACCCGGACCAGCGUGGAAAGUCACGAAGCCAGGGUUCGUGUUCACGUGUACUACACAGACUAUCGAUGAGUGUUUCGGUCGCAUGCUGUUUGGUCUGGCGACUGACAAGGAGGAACUGGCUCAGCAGCACGUGACUCCAGGCACCCCAUUGUUUCUGCUCAAUUUGUCGGAUCAGCACCUCCUAGGUGUCUUCGAAGCCGUGUCUCCUGCAAUUGUGAACAUGAUUCCGAGCGCAUUUUGCCACGGUCCGAACAUGCCAUCGCCUUUUCCAGUCCAAGCACGAUUUGUAGUCAUGCUAAACGCACCCGCGUUGCCUGUGUCAGACCCACAGAUUCAGGAAGCAGUUGGCGAGAAGGGCUUUGACGUUGGCCCGCUCUCGUUACGCGUAACGCAACAAUUGGCAGGUGUGUUUGCUGCGCGCAUCGGUGCCCCAUUGAAUGGGGCGCCGAUGGGUCCUGGAGGACCCGAGCGCUUUCGUAACAAGCCCGGAUCCAGCGGACCUGGUAGUCGAUCCAAUGGCGGCCAGGAUGGGCCGAAAGACCCCAAUGAGCCGGCAUUUUUGCAGAAACUUGUGGUGGGCAUUGAAAAUGACAAUGAGUUUGGAGUCACGCGUCGUAUUAUUGGACCUGCCGGGUCGAAUAUGAAACGUAUUAGCGUAGAGGCUGGUGGAAAUGCCAAGAUUCGUGUUCGUGGUCGUGGUUCUGGGUCGAAGGAAGGAGGUCCAGAAGAUGCUGAUGAACCGUUAAUGAUUCUGGUGUCUGCGGAGAACGAGCGCAGCUUUCGCAUCGCAUGCACACUUACGAGCGAGUUGCUUGCUGUGAUUCACCACGACUUUCAAAUGUUCCAACAGCGCGGUCCGCCUCAGCAUUUUCGUGGUGGCGGCGGUAACUUUGGCCGAGGUCCGCCUGGUCGAAGCCACCAUUAG